AUGUUGUUCCCUCUCUUUUCUCUUUUUUAUUUCCUUCCUUCCUUCCUUCUUUCCUUCCUUCUUUCCUUCCUUCCUUCCUUCCUUCCUUCCUUCCUUCCUUCCUUCCUUCCUUUCGACUCUGCAAGCCUAGCCCCCGAUGAUUCCGUCUGCAGUAGCACCUCCCAUUUGAAUAUCGACGAUAGCAUGACGGUGAUCGCGGAUACUGAAGAUUUGUCUCAUUUUCCUUACUGUUCUCUGUUUUCUUCUUCCUCUUCUUCUUCUUCUUCUUCUUCUUCCAUUAUUAUUAUUAUUAUAAUUACCUGUUCACUCAACUCACCUUACCUAAAGCAUGCAUCCUUAUCAGUCCCUAUAUUGAACACUACAUCUCUCAUACUGCGCAUUAUCUAUCUAUCUAUCUAUCUAUCUAUCUAUCUAUCUAUCUAUCUAUCUAUCUAUCUAUCUAUCUGUUAUACGGUAUAUAACACUAUCUAUCUAUCUAUCUAUCUAUCUAUCUAUCUAUCUAUCAGUGGACAUGCGAUAAUUAAGGCAGCAGGCUUUUGUUCAGUUCGAAUUCAUUCAGAACAACAGCAACUAUAA